AUCCCAUUGGUUGGGCAGCUGGCCAGGAAUAUCCGCUCAUAGAUAGGAAACGCCCGCCACUUUCUGCUGCCUGCCUAACUCGCAAUCACGAACGACGACAAAUUUUUCUUUCUUUGUUUCAACAAUUUCAUGUUCAAAGUUUACCACUAUUCUCGGAUAUCCCAAUUUCAACCUCCUAGAUCCACCUUUCCCCUUGUUCUCUUCACUACCGUUUAUUUUUUUCCUUUUCUUUUUCCCAAAUAAAUGGCAACGAUGAGUAUCUCGCCUACUACAACUGCUGCUGUUUAUGCAAUCUCAAAUUCUAAAGCCCUUUCUUCUUUCAGCUCCCGUAACGGUUUGUCUUUUAUUAGCCUCUCUUCCCCUCGAUUUAAAGCUACUGGAAAGUUAUGUCGAGUCCAAGCAACAGUUUUGCGGGAAAAUGAGGAGAAAGUGGUAAUAGACGAAACAUUUCAACCCAAAUCUUUUACUGAUGAUGAUGACGGCAAAGGAGGACGAACAGGUGGGGACCCACCGGAUACUUCUCUGGAGAGAUGGGUUAUCAAGCUUGAACAAUCUGUCAAUGUCUUUCUCACGGAUUCAGUCAUAAAGAUCCUAGACGCUUUCUACCAUGACCGUGAUUAUGCAAGGUUCUUUGUGCUGGAAACUAUUGCAAGGGUUCCAUAUUUUGCAGCUUUUAUGUCUGUCUUGCACAUGUAUGAGAGUUUUGGUUGGUGGAGAAGAGCAGAUUAUCUUAAAGUACAUUUUGCUGAGAGCUGGAAUGAAAUGCACCAUUUGCUUAUCAUGGAAGAAUUGGGGGGUAACUCUUGGUGGUUUGAUCGGUUUCUUGCACAACAUAUAGCAAUCAUAUACUAUAUUAUGACAGUCUUCAUGUAUGCAUUAAGUCCAAGAAUGGCUUAUCAUUUUUCUGAAUGCGUGGAAAGCCAUGCAUAUGCAACUUAUGACAAAUUCAUCAAGGCACAAGGAGAGGAGUUGAAAAAAUUGCCUGCACCUGAAGUUGCUGUAAAAUACUAUACAGAGGGUGACUUGUACCUGUUUGAUGAAUUUCAAACUUCCAGAGCUCCCCAUUCUCGAAGGCCGAAAAUAGAUAAUUUGUAUGAUGUAUUUUUGAACAUCAGAGAUGAUGAAGCUGAACACUGUAAAACCAUGAGGGCUUGUCAGACUCACGGGAACCUUCGGUCUCCCCAUUCACAUGUAGAGAAUGAUAUUGAGGAUGUAUCAGGCUGCAUCCUUCCGGAAGCAGAUUGUGAAGGGAUUGUUGAUUGUAUGAAGAAAUCUUUGACGUCAGCUCCAUCAAAAGAAGAGAUUAGAGGGGGUUAAUUUAUUUUUGGUACUGUAUACAAAAAGAAACAGUGUAGAUCCUAAGUAUUUGCUUACAAAUGAAACAUACAUACAUAUAUAUAUAUAUAUAUAUAUAUAUAUAUAUAUAUAUAUAU